GACCUUGAAGUUUAAGCGCCAGAAUUUAAUGUCCCGCCUGUUUCUCUGUUAACAGACUGUAACUCUACCGAGUGUUAUUGUACAUUUCUGCAAUAUUGCGUGAAGAUAAAAUGUCUCCCACAGCCAAAAGAGCCUGUCCCAGUCCUCUGAACGACAGCCUGGAGAAAAGACUGAAACGCAUCUCCAUUGAAGGCAACAUUGCUGCGGGUAAAUCCACUUUUGUUCGCCUGCUGGAGGAGUAUGAUCGAGAAUGGGAGGUAGUACCGGAACCCAUUGCCAGGUGGUGCAAUGUACAAACUCAACACAACGAGCACGAGGAACUGAGCACCUCUCAGAAGAGCGGAGGAAACGUGCUGCAGAUGAUGUACGAGAAGCCCGAGCGCUGGGCCUACACCUUCCAGAGCUACGCCUGCAUGAGCCGCAUCCGCUCGCAGAUCAGAUCCACCAACGGAAAACUGCGAGAGGCCGAGAAUCCGGUGCAGUUCUUCGAACGAUCCGUGUACAGCGACAGGUACAUCUUUGCCUCUAACCUCUAUGAAAGUGAGUGUGUGAAUGAAACCGAGUGGGCGAUCUAUCAGGACUGGCACAGCUGGCUGCAUAAGCAGUUUGGGAAGCACAUUGAGCUGGACGGCAUCAUUUACCUGCGGGCAAAACCAGAAAGGUGUUUGGAGAGACUGCAUUUGAGAGGAAGAGACGAGGAACAGGGAAUUCCACUGGAAUAUCUGGAGAAACUCCACUAUAAACAUGAGAGCUGGUUACAGCACAGGACCAUGAGUAUGGAGUUUGAUUAUCUGAAUGAAGUGCCGGUUCUUACCCUGGAUGUCAAUGAUGAUUUUAAAGACAGUAAGAUCAAGUGUGCUGAUAUGAUUGAGAAGGUGAAGGAAUUUCUGAGCACCCUGUGAUUACGAUGAGAAAAGGUUCAUGUUGGCCAAAUAAUGUAACAUUUAGGUUUUUUUUGUGUGUGUGUGUGUAUUUUUUUAUUUUUUUAUUUUUCAACAUUUUGAAACCAUGAAAUUUUGUGUAAACAGUUGUUCAAUUAGCACUUAUCAGUGUUUUUGUUAUUUAAAUUUACUUUUCUACUUCAUGAAUUAAAUAAUAAAACAAAAAUUUAUAAUCACCUUUUUCUUUUAAAGAACAUAUAAGUGUUCUGCUCACCAAGGCUCCAUUUAUUUGAUCAUAAAUACACUAAAAUCAGUAAUAUUGUGAAAAAAAAUUACAAUUUAAAAUGUCUGUUUUCUAUUUGAUUAUAAUUUAAAAUGUAAUAUUUUCCUGUGAUGCAAAGCUGAAUUUUCAACAUCAUCCCGCCAAUCAUUCUAAAAUGCUGAUUUGCUGCUCAAGAGACAUUUCCUAUUUGUCCGUUCUGAAAACUGCUGUUCUGAUUAAUAAUUUUGACAUUGACAUGACAUUUUUUCAAUUGAAUGCAUCCUUGCUGAGUAAAUGUAUUAAUUUAUUUAGAAAAAUC